ACCAAACCCAAGAAUGGCAAAUGAAAAAAUGAAAACCACAUAGGAAAACGUAGUGAUUACCUAUUAUUCUCUUUGGCUGAUAACAAGACCAAAGAGUACCUAUAUAAACUGAUAAAGUAAACACCUUUACGUUCUAAACAUGUUAUAAGCAAGACAAGAACGAGAAUUGCGAUUGUAAAAAUGAUUAAUGCAGAUUGCAGGUUUUACGGAAUCGUGCUACUGAUUACAGAACCAGUAAACAGCUUUGGGGAAAACUGCAAUGCAUCAUCUGUAAGUCAUCCGUAAACUCUGUGAAGUAAACUGAAGAAAUCACAAAAAGCAAAACACUUGCAAGAUGGAGAAGAAUACCACUGGAUCUUUAAGAAAUGCCAACUACCUCAUAGUGCCUAAAAAGGAAAUAUUAGAUGACCUAGAUAUAACCCAUGAGUGUGGUGACAAGGACUUAGUACCCAAAACAGAGAUAACCAACACUAGUCUUCACUUAGACACCACAGUUUUAUCCCAACAUAUUGACAUACCUAUUAAAAUAGAAAUAGAACAAAACACAUGCGAAAUGGAGCAACAAGCUCCUGCAUUAUGUGAUGCCAACUACCUCGUUGAACCUAAAAAGGAAAUAUCAGAUGACCUAGAGAUAACCUAUGAGUGUGAUGCUGACUGUAUUGUACCUAAGGAAGAACUAUCAAACUUUGAUCAACAAAUUGUAAGGGUGGGGCCAAUUAAAACAGAAAAAAUGUUGAGCAAUAAAUAUGUUCAAUUACAAAAAGGUAUCAAGUCAUCUGGUGACACAGAAACACUAUAUUAUGACACUAGUGUGUCUACUUUUAUGAGGACACGUGUUAAACAGGAGCCGUCUCAAGUGAUAGCAAGUUUGGUCAACAGCCAACCAGUCAUUGACAAGCAAACAGUUACUUCCUCAAACAAUGCAAACUCUCAAUUUUGUAACAUUAGUGAAACUACCCACACAAAUACUCACAAAGGAGAGAAACCUUAUCAUUGCAAGCAUUGCGACUAUAAAUGUUCAAAUUCAAGUAACCUUAAAAUUCACAAGAGAACACACACAAAUAAGAAAGCUAAUUCCUGUGAACAUUGCGACUAUAAGUGUACAAAAUCCAGUGACCUUAAAGUCCACAUGAGAACUCACACUGGUGAAAAACCUUACACCUGCCAACAUUGCAACUAUAAAUGUUCAAACGAGCGUUAUUUAAAGAUACAUACAAUGACUCACACUGGUGAAAAACCCUAUAGCUGUGAGCAUUGCGACUAUAAAUGCUCGACUUCUUGGUACCUGAAAAUCCACAUGAGAACUCAUUCGGAUGCUAAACCAUAUUUUUGCAAGCAUUGCGACUAUAAAUGUUCAAAUUCAAGUAACCUUAAAAUUCACAAGAGAACACACACAAAUAAGAAAGCUAAUUCCUGUGAACAUUGCGACUAUAAGUGUACAAAAUCCAGUGACCUUAAAGUCCACAUGAGAACUCACACUGGUGAAAAACCUUACACCUGCCAACAUUGCAACUAUAAAUGUUCAAACGAGCGUUAUUUAAAGAUACAUACAAUGACUCACACUGGUGAAAAACCCUAUAGCUGUGAGCAUUGCGACUAUAAAUGCUCGACUUCUUGGUACCUGAAAAUCCACAUGAGAACUCAUUCGGAUGCUAAACCAUAUUUUUGUAAGCAUUGCGACUUUAAAUGUUCAAAAUCUUGCGAUCUGAAAAUCCAUAUAAGGAAACACACUGGUGAAAAACCUUUCGUCUGCACGCAUUGUGACUAUAAAUGCUCGAACCCACGCUAUCUAAAGAUUCACAUGAGAACUCACACUGGUGAAAAACCUUAUACCUGUGAGCAAUGUGAUUAUACAUGUGCCACAUCUAAACAACUCAAAACUCAUAUGAACUCUCAUACAGGUGUUAAACCAUAUUUUUGCGAGCAAUGCAACUAUAAAGGGUCAAAAUCUUCCGAUCUGAAAAUCCAUAUGAGAACUCACACUGGUGAAAAACCCUACGUGUGUGAGUAUUGUGAUUAUAAAUGCUCAAAUUCACGUUACCUAAAAAUCCAUGUGAGGACGCACACUGGUGAAAAACCUUACGCUUGUGAAAUAUGUGACUAUAAAUGUGCUACAUCAACUUACCUUAGAGUCCACAUGAGAAUUCACACUGGUGAAAAACCUUAUCACUGUACGACUUGUGAUUAUAAAUGUAGGACCUCGACUGCUCUCAAAUAUCACAUGAACACUCACACUGGCUAGUCACCAUCAUCAGCCUGUGGACGUCCACUGUUGGACAUAGGCCUUCCUUAAACAGAGCCACCACACUCGGUCCUCAACUUUCCUCAUCCAGCCACUUCCCGCCAGCUGCUAAAUAUCGGCGGUUCAUCGUGCUGGAGGGCAUCCAACACUAUGCUUGCUUAUAUGGGGUCUCCACUCAAGGACUUUCCGGCUCCAAAGGCCAUUGCCUCUGUGACAGGCAUGGCCUGCCCACUGCCACUUCAGCUUGCAAAUAGUGGCACUGGCUAGUAUCUUAAUAUAAAUUAAUUCAUUCAUUCAUUCUGUGAGCAUUGUGACAGUAAAAUAUGUCAGACAUAGCAGGAUUAUUGGCCGCCAUUGUGGUGGCCGCAGUGCAUAAAUAAAAAAAAUUGUACUGUAUGAGGAAUAAUAAAUUCAUUCAUUCAUUUA